AUGAUCAUGAAUCCUCAUCAUGGUGGAGUGAAGGAUGAAUUUGUAGGAGGAAGUUCUUCCUUUUGUAUGGUUGAUGGUCCUCAACCAAUGGAAGGACUUCAUGAAAAUGGUCCUCCACCAUUUCUCACAAAAACAUAUGAUAUAGUUGAUGAUCCUUCCACAAAUCAUAUAGUUUCAUGGAGCACAGGUAACAACAGCUUUGUUGUGUUGGAUCCUCAGGCCUUUUCUGUUAGUCUUCUUCCAAGAUUCUUCAAACACAACAAUUUCUCCAGUUUUGUCAGACAACUUAACACAUAUGGAUUUAAGAAGGUUGAUCCAGAUAAGUGGGAAUUUGCCAAUGAGAUGUUUCUAAGAGGACAGAAAAUUCUCUUGAAGAACAUUAGAAGGAAAAGAGCAAAUAAAUCACAAGCAAUGCAACAACAAGCUCUAGACACUUCUUGUGUUGAGGUAGGAGGGUUUGGAUUAGACGGAAUCGAAGUCGAUCGGUUACGGCGCGACAGACAAGUUCUAAUGGUUGAGUUGAUGAAACUUAAACAAGAGCAACAGAAUACUAGAACUCACCUUGAAGCAAUGGAAGGAAGGGUUAAAAGAAAUGAACAGAAACAAAAACAGAUGAUGCAUUUCUUGGCAAGAGCAAUGCAAAAUCCUAAUUUCUUGCAACAGUUAGUUCAAAAGAAGGAAUGGAGAAAAGAGUUAGAGGAAAUGAUUUCUAUGAAGAGAAGAAGAUCUAUUGAUCAAGGUGGGCCUAGUGAUGUUGAAGUUGGUGAUGAGUUAGGAUAUGAUGGUGAAGAUUGCUUAACUUCUGUUAAACUUGAACAUCAUCAAGAUUUUGAGGAGGAUACUAAUCUGAUUAAUCAAGUUGAUAUUAGAGAUAAAGUGAUUGAUAUUGAAGUGUUUUGGAAAGAUUUUUUUAAUGAAGGUAAUAUUGAAGAUAAAGAUGUAGUACGUGUUGAAGAUGUUGAUGUAUUGGUUGAGCAACUUGGUUAUCUUGCUUCUAGUCCUAAAUAG